AAGGGAGAGAGAGGAGUGUCAGAAAGGGAGUGAAAGGAGGCGGAGAAGAAGAAAGUGAGUGACCGUGCCCCAGAGGUUUUGAGCGAUGACACGGUCUUACAGUAGAAAAGAGAGAGAGAAGAGAGAGUGAGAGAGAGAGACUGGGCACUGCUCAUCUCUCCUCUGCUCUUCUGUGUUUGUAGUGAUGCCAACACCGGUGCUACUUAACUCUCAACCCUCCUCCAGAGAAAUGGCUUCUGGGUUCGCCCAUGGGACUCCAAAGGGGGACAUGACAGUCUCACGCCGUCACGCCUAGCCAUUUCUUCAGCCUUUUUUCCCCUCCGAAACAGUGUGAUUGUUGGAGCUCUCCUGUCGCGGGUUGGACUCUGCUUGUGUCGCGGAUUCCGUGCGCCCUUCUCACCGUCUUUGCCGGGCGAUCCUUUGGGUUUUAGUAAACUUUGUCUGACGUCUUCGUUCUCACUUUCCGUCGGUUCCUCUUCACGGUGAUUGAUUUAUCACCGGAAGUGUCUCUGUGAGACUUGUGGAAUAAUGUUCCAGACAGUUGUUGCUAAAUAGGAACACAUGAAUGUCUUUUUGUGGACAAGACGCCUGCCCUCACUUUUAAUGUGACUCGAGCAACAAUGUAAGGGGGACUCCAAAAGGCACAACUUGCUAUUUGUCCUUGAAGAUGUUCUCCCGGAACCGCUUCAAUGGACAACAUGGAACAGGAGCCACUAAGGAGAAGGUUCGCAAAAAAAGGGCCCCAAACCCGAAGGUAGCGCUGGUCAUCCGGGGUAAGAUCCACCGCUUGCUUCAAGGGUCCAGCCAGGAUCAGCCUGCCCCAGAAACCUACUCCUCCGCGAUUGAGGAGGAGGGAAGAGGGGAGAGGCAGGUGGAGAAAAGGGAGGCGGCAGAUAUUUUUGCGAAAUGUAGGCCCAGAGAGGAAGCUCGCUCCUCAAGGUUCCCCAACGGGAAGGGGCAUGGAGGGCCUUCGGGGGCAUCCUGUGUUGGAGAGGUGGAGCUGAACAGAGAAGGUUGUGUCAGGAUCCCUUGCACUCUACAGAACAACUGUGGCAGCAGCAGCCAGUCACAGAGAAAGAGGAGUUGUGCUUUUUCAGAUGGCACCAGGACCGUGCCAGAACACAGACACAGAACACCCAAACACCAGAAAUGGAUUAUUCCUCCAGGGAUCCGAACAAUCCCAGAACGAAGAAGAGAAUCCCAGUACCGGAUCAGCCCAAACAUGAAUGGUUCUGGUUUCGCUGGAGCAGCUGGAAGUAGGGCUGAAUUUGCUUGGUCACGUGCAGAACCAAAGAGACCUGUUUCUAUGGGUGACUAUCUGGAUUACAACUUCAACAGAACUCGACAUGACACUUUGUUGGAGGAGGAUGAGGAAGAAGAUGAAGAGGAGGAGGAAUCAAGUGCCAUCAUUGAACACAUUCUAAAGGAGCUAAAGGGGAUCAACAAGAUCCAGGAGGAGAUCUCUGACCUGCGUGAUUAUCUGUCAUCUGUUCGAGGCUCGGUAGAGGAGGUCUCUUCCUGUGUGGAUGCUGUGCUUCUAGAGAUAGAGGGCAUUCGCUCCGGAAAUAAGUCCAGUUGUGGUCCAGGGGAUAGGGCUUGGUUUGGGGCAGCAGGGGGCAGUGACGGGUCCUCUUUUGUCCCUCGCCAGAGACCUGUCAGUGCUUACGGCAGUUUGGGCAGGCAAGUGGCACCAUCAGAUUCCAACAUCUGCCGACCUUUCAGCGAACGCCACAGCAUCCAUGGUACGCCGGUGGAGUUCCACCUUCCGACGUUAGAAGAACGGUCUACCACAGGCUCACCAGGGGCAGAGUCAGUGGAACCUGAUGGCCUUGAGCAGGAGGAUGAUGAGCCGGAAGACACAUCGGAACACAGCUCAGACAUCCCCGAACCUACUAUGGUCAGGAAACUGGAUUUCAGCUACCUGGAUCGGCAGGAUGGCCAGGACUGCCACAGCAUUAGUUCCCUAUCCUCAGGACACAGUCCUGACUUAGAGUCUGACCGUGAACGGCCCUCGUCCAGUCAUGCAGUUUGUGGUGGCACUAGUGGUGGGGUUAGAGCUGGUAUGGUGGGGGUUUGGGGUGGUGCUGGCCAACAGCACCGUGGCACUGCAGAGGCUAGGUGGCAGGAAGGAGUCUGUUAUUCCAGACAAGGGAGUCUUGAAGAACAGGAGAGGGUAGUGCCUCCCUGCUUUGAAGGGGCUGCAGGCUGGGAUCGAUGCAGGGCCUCGGGGGGUUAUGUUACCAGUACCCUGGGACAGUCCACCGCAGGAAGCUCAGACCGCCUCUCCAUCCACUCCUCCGGACGGCACUACAACUCCCCAGCCAGCACCUCCAGCCGUGAGGAGUGGCACUCUCAUAGACGACGCCCCCAACCACAGCCAGGGACUCAGGAUUUUGUCGAUGCCUUCCCAGGGAGCCCCAGCCUAGGUUACGAGUGUCCUGCUGAUUGUUCAUUCCCCCAAAGUUCUGGUUACCACUCAAUGGAAGGACAUCCUGUGGCAGUAGAGAACUAUGGCUACACAGAUCGCCCCAUCACAUCCGCCUGCGAAGUCGAUAGUUACCAGAAGAAUUUUUCUGACUAUCAACAUGGCAUGCUUGAAGAGUCUACAGAGGGAACAUGUACCUGGACUGAGAACUCCUUACUGAGCUACCCCACUGUGCCCGAAACCGACAUGCCAUUGGUUAGUGGGGAUUUUACAGACAUGCCAUUCGAUGAAAGUUUUAUUGCCGAUUCGGACGGCCGCCUCCCUCGCCCUAACAGCGCAGAAUUCCAAAAUGUGGGUUUUAACGUGAAGCGGAUUGGUCGAGCAGUGUUGGAUUUCAGCUCUGCCCUGCGUGGGGCGUUGCGCAAGCUGGAAGGACCUGGAACCGCUCACAGUCCCGGGGACGAGGCAGAGAUUAGGAUCCCCACAGAUCUCUUUGUUGAGCCUCAAACAGAAGACUUACCCGGUGCUGAUUUGUCCCAAGAGGAUGGGGUGGUGGACACAGGGGCCAGGGAUGAUACAGAGGGACUGACCCAGACCAGCUUCCUCUCUUCUGCUCUCUCGGACCCCAGUGAACCCCUACCAGAAGAGAUCAGCGACAUCCUCCCACGGGACCAAGCUGCCCCUUGCGAACCCUUUUCUGUGUCCUACUCCGGAGGGGACAUCUCCCACUUAGGCCCAGACCUUGCGUCACCAAUCCCAGAGGCCAUCCUCCCUCCCCAUGUAGAAGGAGGGGACGGACGAGUCUCUCCCCAUGUAGAAGGAGAGGACGGACGAGUCUCUCCCAAACCUCAGGCCCCUGCAGACGCUCCCACUCUCUCUCUUUCGCAAUGCACCACUGCAGACUCCCUUUCGUUUUCCUUCUCGGCUGAGGAGCCGGCACCCCAAGAGACGCGUGGAGAUGAACCCUGUCCGCUGCUGCCGGAGACAGACACGGUAGUCCCAGACCCCCUUGGAAUCCCCCCGGACGAGGCAGUGGAAGAGGCAGAGGCAGGGGGAACAGAGGAGCAUCCCCUGGAGAUGAGCCAGAGGGAUGUACGGAGGCUGAAGUGCCUGAGGACAUUUCAGCAGAUAAUGCGGGAGAAGAGAGAGACACGACGCCAGCUCACCAGCAUGACAAUGUCCAGUUUUGAAGAGGUUGACUUCGUCCCAGGUAGCUAUCACCUAUGGUCGUCCGUGCCAUUCAUCCCGAACUGUUUGUCAUCCACCACUGUCUGGAACAAAAACACACGUUCCUCAUCCGAUUCUUUUUUUCUUAGCAUCAAACUUUUUUCCUCUUAAACGUGUGCAUACUGGUAUUAUCUGUCUCUGUUUUUGUCUUCAAAAUCCUCAUCU